AUGCUGAACCUCCGCAGCGUAACCGACGUGGUCUUCGCCGUCGCCGUCACCACGUGGAUAUCCGCAUCGGCUUGCGUAGCGUUGGAAUCGUCUGCCACCUGUCGAUACAAACCCGACUGGACCAGCCUGGACGCCAGACCGUUGCCCUCGUGGUACGAUCAGGCCAAGUUUGGGGUGUUCAUCCACUGGGGAGUGUACUCGGUGCCGGCGUUCGGCAGCGAAUGGUUUUGGAUGAACUGGAGAGGUAGGAAGGGCGCAAACUAUGUAAACUUCAUGACAAAAAAUUACAAGCCAGGUUUCACGUACCAAGAAUUUGGUCCCCAGUUCACUGCAGAGUUCUUCGACCCCAUGCAAUGGGCCAGUAUCAUCAAGGACUCCGGUGCAAAAUACGUAGUCUUGACCACUAAACACCACGAAGGUUACACGUUGUGGCCGUCGAAAAAAUCAUUCGGAUGGAACUCCGUAGACGUCGGACCCCACAGAGAUCUAGUAGGUGACCUGAGCAGAGCCAUAAGGAGUUUAAACAAGACUCGGUUUGGAGUGUACCAUUCAUUGUACGAAUGGUUUAAUCCGCUUUGGCUACAGGACAAACAGUCGAAUUUGACCACCCGCACAUUUGUGACCGAGAAAGUCCUGCCGGAACUUUACGAAUUGGUGAACAAUUAUAAACCAGAAAUCAUAUGGUCAGAUGGUGAAUGGGAAGCGCCAGACACCUACUGGGAUUCGUUGAACUUCCUAGCGUGGCUCUACAACGAUAGUCCUGUCAAAGACACGAUAGUGGUGAAUGACCGAUGGGGUGGUGAUACACUGUGCAAGCACGGUGGAUUUUUGACCUGUGCGGAUAGAUAUCAACCAGGAAAGAUUGUUGGACGAAAAUGGGAGAACGCCAUGACAAUUGAUAAGUAUUCGUGGAGUUACAGACGGAAUGCUCGAGCAUUAGACGUGUACUCGAUACAGAAUUUAAUCGCCCAACUAGUCGAAACCGUAAGCUUUGGAGGUAAUUUGUUACUAAACAUUAGUCCUACCAGUGAUGGAAUGAUUCCCCCGCUACACGAAGAGCGUUUGUUACAAAUCGGCCAAUGGUUGUCGGUUAAUGGUGAAUCUAUUUUCGGCAGCAAUCCGUGGUCGACGUGUCAAAACGAUACACUACAACCGCACUUGUGGUACACACGAGGAAAAAAUUCUUCGACCAUUUAUUCGAUUGUUUUGCGAUGGCCCGAUGGUAAUUUACUCAAUUCUGCGUGCCUGGACAAAUUAGAUAUCGAAUCCAUCGUUAUGUUGGACACACAAAGUAAACUCAAGUGGAGUCAAAAGACAGAAGGCGGUUUGAUGAUUAAGCUAGAAGAUAAAUCUAAAACCAAAACAGAGUGGGGCUGGGCUCUACGGGUUACUUUGAAUCCUUAA